UUAGGUUCCAGUUUCUCCGUCUGCAAGAAGAAUGUUAAGAUACAUAUCUCUGUAACCAACAGUUUUCUGCAUCUACCUGAUUUCAGAUUAGAAAAAUGAAUAGUUGGUCAUUUCUGUGCAGGAAAUUUCGAGAUUUGUUCCAGUUCACUUGAUACCAUACAUUUUAAAAUCCCGGCAGAAAAAUCCGCGUGUUUUGAUGGAGUUUUCUAAUUGAUGUUUUGGUUGUAAAUUAGGUAGUUAUGGCAUUUUUAUUGCUCGCGGCCAUGCAUUUUGGCUUAGUUAUUACAGAACCUUCUAUGAAGCCCAGCUCUAUCAGCUCAGUGACUGUAUGGCCGAAGACACUAUUUCCCGUUGAAUUAGGUCAAACUGUUACGUGGGUGUUUAGUCCAAUUGGAGGUGCCGAUUAUGAUGUAAACUCGGCCCUCAGUUUUGAAAUUGGUGGUCAAAGGGCUUACCGCGUUCAAAAGGACAAGUGUGGGGGUCCUUUAGAGAAAUAUUUUUCCUGCAUUUACAAACCGCAAAAUGAAAUCUCGGUUACUUUCACAGCAGAUGAAUCCCAUUAUGGACAGCUGCUGCAAGUUUUCUACUAUAAAGAUAUGUAUUCCUUGUGGCUUGCAGAUACACCUGCAAUUUUCACUGAAACUAUUCAGUUGAUUAAGCAACCUACAUUUGUCAAAAUGUCAAUGGAAUUAAAAGAACCAUCUCGCUAUAUUCAUAAUGUACCAACCAAUCUUCGCUUGGACCCCCCAAUAUUCCUUACAGGCUCCAAUGUUCGGAUUGACUGUUCGACUGAUGGGUCGUUACCUCCAGCUCCAAUAAGUUUCAGUAUUGAAUGCCCUCUUCCACCAACGGCUGUUGUUGAGCACGAUCGAGUCACUCAAGCUAAACAAAAUUUAGCCUAUGAAGUUUUCUAUGCAGCUUAUGGUUUUCGUUCACCUCCAACACUAGCCGAGUUAGCUCCAUAUGUUGCACGAAAGAAUGCUGAUCAACUUCUACGUCUUGGUCAUGUUUCAUCCAGUAAAGAUAAUUUAACUUUGACAGCUCGUCUAACCAUUAAUGAAAAGGCACACGAUUGUCAUGUUGUUUGCCGUUUAGGUGGAAAAGAGACACGUCGUAUAUUGACAGUAUACUAUCCAACUACAAUAUCUUAUUUAUUACCACGUCCUCGUGAGGGCUUUAUCUACGUUGGGUCGGAGAUAACGUGCUAUGCAGAUGGACACCCACCGCCUAUGUUGUCGCUCCGUCUUGCACAACCAUUACGUCCACCUAACCCACUUACUGUUGAAGAAAUCGACGCUUUACGUCAGGGUGGUCGACUACCUCCUUUAAUUGAAGAUGACCCUAUAACUAGAGAAUUAACACUUACCAAUGCAGGACUAGAUAUAGUUCCACAGCAAAUCGUACCUUCUCCUCCUGGAACUGAGAGUAAGGAUAGCUCAUCUGUUGCGUCUUCUGGAACACUUCAUCAAGUUCCAGUGGGCCCUGAUAACAAGUGGCUAAAUGGAAACGGAAAAGAACCUUAUGAACGUGCUCACCGUGUUCCUGGGCUUGGCUUAUCCACCGUAGAGAGGCAUCGUCAACUAGGUCUCAGACCUGACGAAUAUAGUAUACAAGGAGCUACAUUUUAUUUAGCACCAAAUGCUACUCCAGGUGUUGAACUCCUUCUGAGUUGUACUGCUCGCAAUGUCCUUCCAGGCGAUACAACAUUCUUGGGACUGAAUGGAACAAUUACUCGUACUCGAUUUGUGGUAGCUGUCUUAUCGCCGACUAGUUGGGCAGUAGCUCUUGGAAUAUGCUUUUGUGUACUACUUAUAUUAUUGAUUAUAUUCGGUGUCAUGUUAUUACAGAAGAGGCAUCAAAAUCAAGCAGCCAGGAAUUCAAGGAGCACAUCAAACGGAGCUAAAAAACCAAAGAAUUAUUCCAAAGAUAUGAUUGCUAAAAAACAACCAGAUGGCGGAGCUUUACUUGGACAAGGUAAUGCGCUGAACAGUUCCGUAACUGGAGUUAGUGGUGUCUAUCCUACUACCACAUUAACUGGGGCUGGACUACCGAAUAACAUUUACAAAGAUGUUCCUGAUUACACUUAUGAUUUGGUUUACGCCCAAUCUCCCAAUGAAAUGUCGUCUAGCACAGUUCCAAAUGUAAAUGAAUUACAAUAUAUGGAAUUGUCUUUCGAUCAUGUUCGUCCUGGUCGCAAUGCUAGUGUCAACUCAAGGAAAGGGCGUAUUGGCACUUCACUUGGUGGUGGUAAUGGUGUUGCUUCGUCUUCAAUGACUCUAUUCGGGACUAGUACACAGCCAGCUCCACACUCACGACCAAUUGUUGCUUCUGUCCCACAAGGUCUAGAUAUUGUUGGAGAUGGGCUUGGCGGUAAUCGUUCGUCCAUUCAUCCUCGUGACGGUUAUUCCUCUGCUUUCGCUGAUCCAACGCAUAGAGAUGAAUCAUCGCAUUACACUGAAAUUGUUGGUUUUAUGCAACCAAAAGCACAUGCUUCUCAGUUGGUUCUCCAACAGCAACAUGAAGCUACACAAGCGUUGUUAGCAAUGCAGCAGAACAAACCACGUGUUUUCGUUUAAUUUGGAUGAUCUUUUGUUUCUUCCUCUCUUUGUCUCCUUAGUUCUCUAAUGGUUUAUUCGUCAGUGGUAUUUAUAGAGUUAUUUAUGCCGUCAGAUACUAUGUACUACAUUCCUACUUUGCUUUUAUCGGAGCUUUUGAGCGUUAUUGUGAUCAACUUAUUUUUCCAACUGUCUCAUUUCGAUCUUCGUUGCCCUUAUUCUCGUUGGAAAUAAAUUAAUAAACUAUACCAUCAUGUUUUUCGGCGCAUUGAUCAACAUUUCCCACUUCAUUGUUCGUAUUGUUAUUAUCCUUUUUCUCUCCCGCAACUCUUGCCAAUGUAUGUAUGGUUAUUACCAUUUUACUCUUUCUGUCACUUCCGGCCUCUAAGUUAUAUUUACUUCGAGUUUCUUUAUUCUUUAACCGGUCAACUGUUCUCCGUUUGUUCAGUCUCUAUAUCUAUCAUCUUUGUGUAACCAAUUAUACUAGACAUAUAUAUACAAACGUAUAUGAAAUGUUUUUCGUAUCGUCAUUGUAGUCUGUACUUUAUUAUUAUUAUUAUUAUUAUUAUUAUUAUUUCUCUUUAGUCCCUGUCCUCUACUUUUAUGAUUAUGAUUUUUUUCCAGUGCAAUUAGAUUAUUAUUAUUGCUUAUUUAUCCAUCAUACCUAUGUACAUACUACUGCUAUUAGUACCAAUAUUAUCAAUAAUAUUGGCUUUGCUAUAAUACACCUACUGACUAAAUAGUAGUAAUACACAUUGUGAUCUUGUGAUUUGGUCAAACUUUAUUAUUGUUUUGGCUAUAUACGUUUCUGUGUGGUUGUUUUUGUUUCAUUCGUUAUCUCAUCUGUUGUUGCUUACUAAUUAUCGAUUGUCUUUUAGUUAUAUAGAUAGAUAAAUAGAUAAUUUCUAUAUAUCCGUAGUGUUAUUAUUCUCUAUUUACUUUUCUCGACCUGUCUCUGUAUGUGUUUGUGUAUACUCACAUAUUAUCAUAGUACUCUGAUAGAUUUUAUGAUGUCUAUUAUUGCGUAAACUGCACACGUUCUUUUCUCUUCUAUUUCCUCGUUUUCUUCUAUUUAUGUUCUUCUGUCUCUUAUUAAUACUGAUAUUUUUUUAUUCAUCUAAACUGCAUUUUUAAAGAUUAUUCUCAAUAUCUCCUGUUUUCCAUGUUCCACCUACUCUCUUUCUCUCCCUCUCUCUCAACUGUCAUCAAUUAUGAUACACAUCGACAAGUCAGUUUUAUAUUAUUAUUAUUAUUGUUAUUUAGAGUUUGUUCCACCUGUUAGGAGUUUAUUGAAUUUUUUUUAAUUCCGAUUCUGAUUUCAGAAAUAAAAGAUAAUCAUAAUUAUUAAUAAUAAUAUUGUUUUGAUUAAUUCGCAUUUCACGUUUUGCGUUUGUUAUUGCUUUUUAUUGAUAUUUCAUCUUUGUUAUUAUUAUUAUUAUUAUUACUAUCAAUACUGCUACUAAUAUUUGGUCGUAAUUUCUUAAAAUUUUGCAUACAACUGCCGUUUCUUUACAUACAUACAUACUAUUUCUAGCACUACUCAUACUGCUGCUAUCAGUAAUACUCUAUUUCUAAUAAACUAAUCAUAAAUAAGUCAGUAAACUUGAUAACCAUUCUUUCCACUUUCUUUCUAUUGAUCUGUUAAAAUAAAAUCAUUAUUCUGUUAUUAUUACUUUUACCGAUACUGUUUUGAUUCAUAUUGCUGUCGUAUAAAUAAUUAUUGUGAAAAAUGAUAGGUUUUCUUCAAUGAUAAUAAAGGCGAACCAAAUAUUUCCCUCUUCUUCCUAUUCAUUUUGAUGAUGUCUUUUUUCUAUUUCCUAUGUUUAUCUAUUAGUUUGUUUUUGUCAAAUGUUUUCUUCUUAUCAUUAUUACCAUAGGAGUUCCCUUCGAAAUUGUUCUCUGUUCUCUUUCUGUGUAUUUCUUUCAUUUGUACACAGAUCUUUUGAAUUACUUAUACUUACAAGCAUAAAUCUGCAUAAAAAUUAUGAAUUGACAGUUCAAUAAAUAAUAAUAAUAAUAAUGAUUAGAAAAUUUUCAAAUUCAUUGUUACCUGAUUAUGUCUGUGUAUAUUGUCUGAUUGGUUAAUGUUAGAAAUAAUUUCACAGGAUUAAUACUAUAUUACUAAAAGUUUGGUUUUUUUCUUAUUAUAAGUUGUUUAUUAGUAAAACCGAAUUGUAACUGAAACUAUUUAAAGCAGCUAUCAUCUUUACUUGAAUGAAAUUUUAGUAGGCCUAAUAUAUAUCUCACUAUUAAUAUCAACUUGAAUAGUAGUUUACCACACUCAUUAAUGAAAAAUCAUUUCUAUUCUUUACGGUUACUGUACUGUUCUGUAACAUUUUAACGGUAUGAAUUCUUAAGUAAUCAAGUUUUCUAACAUGUAAUUUCUGUGCUCCGUAUUUUUGAAAAAAAUUGUUUUGCCUCGAUAGGAUCGUGAUAUUUGAAUUCAUGUUAAUGUGUGCUAUCUUCAAUUCUAUUAAUAUUAUAUCUUUAACAGUUUUCUAAGUCCCCUAAACGUUCAAUUUUUGAAUCGUGCCACAAAAUUAAUUUCAAAUUUAAUUCAUUUAUAGAAAUCAAUUCAUAUGUGAAUGGUUUCUUGUAACAUUUGGUUUCUAGAUACAAUAAGAAAAUAUAACGAUAAUUCAGUUCUUGAUCAAUCGGAUUGAGAAAUAACAUGACAGGAACAAUCUCUAUAUUUACUGAAAAUACUCAGAAGAUAGAGAUAGGCUUUAAAUAAAUCAAGACAUUAAAAAAAUUUUAUGAACUUUGCGAACAUUUUUUAUCAUGUAAAAGAUAGAUUUCAAUUGACGAUCUCACGUGAUUACAAAGUAUUAUUUUUCUAUAUACUAAGAGAAAACAACUUACAGAGUCACAUCUGUCAUUAGUAACAAAGAGGAAGGGAAUCGUUUGAUGCUCAGUUAAGAAUCUCUUCUUAAAAUUUCGCUAAUAAUGAUAAAUACUUCAAGUAUAGUCCUAAUGUUAAACUUCAUACAGAGAAAAUAGUUCUGAUAGGUCGGAAAAACACAUAAAAGGAAAUCAAAAGUUUUGCUCCGUGUAUUUACAGUUUUUAAAAAAAGUCAUGUCCUCACUUGUUAUUAAUAAAAUAGAUUUGAUCUAUUGGAAAUUUUGAAUGCAUUCUAGAUCUUUACAAGAGAAUUUGAUCGUUUUAGCUUGUGUAAUACUGUGCCAAUAUUCAUUUAUUAGUACUUCGCAUGACAAAAAAAUUGAAAGUUAGUCAGCAAAUUGUGUUCCAAUUUUUUUUAAAUCAAUGGAUCAUUGGAAUUUGAACGCUUUUGACUAUUCAUUCAAAUUCUAAUUGUCUCAAUACACUCAUGUAUUACAAGAUCUAAUAGAUUCGCUCAUCUUAUUAUCAUUAUCAGCUCAGCGCUGGAUUUUGGAGUUAUUCCGAAGUUAUAAUAAGACUCAAUAUAUGUAUCUAGGAUAAUGCCACAUGAAUCUAAUUCAGAAAAUCUGUAUACGAAUGUUGAUCUUGUUUGUGCUUUUUUAAAAAAAGUGAAUAUACUCCUAUGAGAAAAACAUAUUAUAU